UUGGAGCCGGACGGACCGAGCUGGUCGGAGGGGGUGGGAAUAAUAAAACGCUAGGUGUGUCGGCGUCCGUUUUUUUACGUGCAACGUCAAGGAUCAGCGUUUUACCGAUCGCGCCGAUCUUGCGUCUCGUCGUAUCGGCGGUGGCGAUCCGAUCUGUGCGGAUCGGCUUCUCUCAAAGCGGAAUGUCAAGGGCGCACGUGGCUAUGACGCUGCGACGCUCCGAGGCUGCUUCCGCGAAGCCGCGACGAUAGCGUAUCCCAACAAAGUAGCGGAUAUCAUUGAGGUAACGGUCGCGUCGCAUACAUGUGCCUGUCGUUUACCCGUGCACGAAGGAGGGUAUGCUCUUAUGGGGUAGCGAGCGGGCGGUAGCCUUUGCCGUGGAAUGGAGACGGAGAGCGUAAAGUCCGGGGCUAGCGAGCAUAGCCAUAGCCACCAUAGCAGAAGUUCUCAGAAGCAUCAUCGGUCUCACAGCACGAAACAACACCAUAGACAACAUUCUCAUCGCACUACUAGGAGCAAUCGUAGCCAGAGGAAAGAGAGACAGAACUUAGAUAGCAGUGAGAUGGCUCCGUUUCAAACUACCGUGAAUGUGCGGGGGGACAGUGUGGAUAACUUGGGUCAAGAGGUGAUAGAGGUACAGAUAUUACCACAAGAUGAGAAUUGGGGGGAAAAUACUACGGCCGUUACUGGCAACACUUCGGAUAGAUCAGAAUCAACCGAGGAUGUGAGCCAUUGGCCGAACGAGUCUGACGGCGCGUUCGGAUCUGGCUGCAAUCGCUAUAUCGGACCGAUCGUCGCAAUGAUACUCGGAAUGAGCGCCUUCCUUAGCCCCAUAGCUAUGGUUGUCUUGCCUAAAUUGGGAUUCUUCCCUGACUCAACAACAGUACUGACAAUGCAACAGAAGCUGCAGCUACUGUCAUGCAAUGCCGAAUGUAAAGGCCAACUGCUAGGUUUAGCCUUCAAGCUGGUGCUGCUGAGCAUCGGCAGCUGGGCGGUGUUCCUGCGUCCGCGAACCGCCACUAUGCCGCGCAUAUUUUUAUUCAGGGCAGGAGUACUGUUGUUCACCACACUGUGCAUUUGUGCUUAUUGGCUUUUUUACGUUGUACAGGUCACCGAGAGUGCUAAGACUGCCGCCAAUGGCGAAAUAACAGAGUACAAAAGUUUAGUAAAUUACGCAGGUACCCUUACCGAUACGCUUCUCUACAUACACUACAUUGCUGUGCUCCUCAUUGAAGUUCGUCAUUUGCAGCCCACGUUCUACCUUAAGGUCGUUAGAUCGCCGGACGGUGAAUCGAGAUCGUACGCGAUCGGCCAGUUAUCGAUACAGAGAGCGGCCGUGUGGGUCUUGGAGAGGUAUUACUCGGAGUUCCCGAUUUACAAUCCGUAUCUGGAAAGAGUGCCGGUUUCGAAGUCGGGCAGGAAGCAAUCCAGCUUCAAGUUUUACGAGGUCGACGGCGGAGUAGUGACUAGUGCUAUGCAGUCGCGCGGCGGUGGUACUGGUGACCGGGCGGUCCUGGCGGCGCAGGCACGCCGUCGAGACUCCAGCCAUAACGAACGUUUCUACGAGGAGCACGAUUACGAGCGACGGGUAAGAAAACGUCGCGCGAGACUGAUCACUGCCGCCGAGGAAGCAUUUGCGCACAUCAAGCGCCUGCAUUCCGAGGUAGACUCCACGCCACAUCCCGGACCAAUGGAUCCCAUGGAAGCCGCGCAAGCAGUGUUUCCUUCCAUGGCGAGAGCUUUGCAGAAGUAUUUGAGAAUUACUCGGCAGCAGCCGCGUCACUCCGUGGAAUCUAUCCUAAAUCGUCUGGCCCGGUGUCUGGCCCAGGACGCGGCGCCGCGCGCCUUUUUGGAACCAUUUUUUGCCACAAGCCCGGUGCUGUCGAACGAGAAAGAGAGACAGAAACGAUCGCAUCAUUGGGCCUUAGUGUGCGAGGGAGAACUGCCCUCGCGUCCGAUCGCUAAUGGUUGUGAGUUUCAGCUGAGACAGGGCGAAGUGGCACUCCUAUGCACAGUGCAUCGAUUACCACAUUUUAAUCUUACGGAACAAUUGGCGCAUCCUAAAUCGAACAAAUUUCUUCUGCGGUUAAACUCAGAGACUUCCGUCUAAGAUUUCUCCCCGUUCACUGAAGCGUAGGCUAUUGUAAGGCUUUAUUAUAGUACUUAAAUUUUCUGACAUGACAGACUGAGAGAAAAAACAGCGGUUGAAGAAUAGCUACUCGACAUUGUUUUGUCACAUACUUAAUGCUUGAUCACUGAUGUGAUACGUAGGGGUACUUUGAAUGCGUACAUUACGCACUGCCAAUGGGAUGUCUUUUAUUGUAAGACAUAAUUUAUAAAGCAGAUAUGUAGAUUACAUAUAUAUCCUUCUAAAGUCUCCUGGAAAAUUUUAGCAACUAAAUGAAAUUAAUAUAUAACGAUCUCUCUCUAAAAGUUUCAAGACUUUUAUCUUACGCGUAAGAUGUACUUUCACGAAUCCCAUCAGUGAAGUGUUAAACACGAACACAAAUUUAUGAUAUCAAUGAUAUUAAAUUCAUGACAUUAUUUUUUACUCUUUGAGAGGAGAAGCCACAGAAUCAUUAAUUUGAUUUAAUUCAAUAUUAAUUAAAUCAUACUCUUUAAAUAUAUAGUUUUUAAGCAAUUAUUAUAAAAUAAUAAUUUGUAUUUUUAUUUGUGCAUCAGUUUCGUAAUGCCGAGUAUGUACUCAUUUCUUUCUCUCUUUUAAUUUUAAGAUAUACAUACAUAUUUAUUUAUUCCAUUCUCAUAUCAUGAGCUAUAAAUACACUUUAAAUAUAUUUAAACAAAUUUAAAGUGCAUAUAUGCAUAUAUGUAUACUGCUGAAUGAAAUGAUCAUUAAAUUCAUAUAAAUAAUCUCUGAAAUGAACACAAGCAAAUUCAGUUAAAAUUGCUUUUUCUGAAUUUUUUAUUGGAAUUUUAUAUUAAAAGUAAUAUUUCUAUCAUGUAAUUGCUAUGUUUGAUACAUAUACUAUAGUAAAUUUGUAUUCCAGUAAUUUUUCCAGUGCCUCAUCUUGUUGAAUAAUAUUUUGAGGUCUUUUAAUUUUAAGACAAGACAUAAGGAGUUGAAGGAGUCGAACAAUUAGAUAUAUUUAUACAUAUAGUACAUUUACAUUAAUUAAUAUGUAUUUCCGGAUCCACAUAAAUUGUAUUUGUAGUGCGAUACUUACACGAGGAGAUGCUUUUAUACGUACAUAAACUUACACAUAUGUGUUCAUACGCAUAUACGCACAUAUAGCAAAAAUGCACACGAUUCAUAUUUCAUUUAUUGAUGGGAGAAUGUGAAACUUGUAUCUUGUUAUCUUGUGUUUUGAAAUGUAAUAGCACACACAGUAAACAGAAAGUCGGACGACUAGAAUCGCAAUUUUUCUGUGCUAACGUUUUAUAUCAUUUCUAUUUUGAUAGAAUGUUUAUCAAGUAUAUACAAACGGUAAAGUAAAUAAUAGAUAGUAAAGAAUUCCGAUAUACAAUUAUCUCUGUUAAGUUUAUUAUCUCUCCUAGCAAGUGUCUUUUUUUGCAUUAUUUUACAUUGAAUAUUUCUAUAUUAUGAUCACAAGUUAUUCUUUUAGGAAAGAAGAGUGCUUCUUUCCAUUGGUAACUUAUACAUCUGAGUUUUACGUACUAUAUGUCGAUCUUUUCUGCUUUAUUUACUCUUAAAUGCUUGCUUGAAUAAUAAUGGACAAAACAUUUUAUAUAAAAUUUAAAAAUGAUUUAUUAUAUACUAGUCAAUUAUUUUUUAUUGAAUGGUCUUAUUGCAAUCUAUUUUAGACGCGUCUUCCUCCACGAUCUGUAUUAUCACAUAAUCUGAUUAUUAUAAUAAUUAUUUAAUUGCAAGCGCUUUUGAGUAAAUCAUGGAAAUCAUUUCAAACAAUUGCACAAUUGAUUAAACAUGCAGAUUAUAUGUAAUUUAUAAUUUUAAUAAUUAAAUUCCAUUAUAAAAUAACAUAUCAUAAGCGCACAUUUGUUUAUGUAUAUUUGAGCGCAUAUUCCGUAUCAUUUUUUUACCGAGGGUUAUAUUUAAUAUAAACUUGCGCGUUUUGGGAUAUGUAUAUAGUUAAUAGAAAGAGAGAAAAAGAAAGAUUUUCUGAUUACGACAUGUGUGAUGUGUGUGUGUGUGUAUAUAUAUAUAUAUGUAGAUAAAGUGUAUAUAUAUAUAUAUACAUAUAUAUUCAUAUAAAUCUCUCAUCAUUCAGAAUAUAUAUUGAUGAAAACGAUAGGUUGAAUUGUGAGCUAGGAGAGAAGAGAAAAGUGAAAUUUUAUAUUAAAAUAAUAUUAUAAAUUUCUUUGUCGCAUUCCAAGCUAAGUCUUCAUCGUCGUGAUAAAACAAAUGAUAAAUGUAAAUGUAUAAGCCUUCUACGACGGUGCGAGCUUUCCAAGAAAGCAUACGUUUUUCAUGACACAAUCGUUUUGCGCUUAUAUAAGUUUUCACCGUUGUACACUUUAUCAUAUUUGUAAAUCGGUAUAUGUUAAGAUGAAAUGGGUAACGCCUAAGAUUCUUUAAAUUGCGCCAAUCCGAAGAAUCUUGAUUUAAUGAAUUAAAUAUCAAUAUCGAUAAUACUCAAAGUACUUUGCUUAAACUUGAGAUUAUUACGAGUAUAUUUUAUCAACGUAAGAGUAGCUUUUUGCUAUGGAUGUUUUUUUUUAAUUUAUGUGUGCUUGUGAUGACUGUAUACUACUUGAAAGGUGAAAUAUAUACAUUUGAUGCA